CGAUGGAUUACAGCAAGAUCAAUCAAAGAUCAAAUUGAUCUUUUUUUUAAUCUGGCACGGUGCAGCGCAUAUAAAAGCUGUGUCUCCUUGGUUCUGUAUUCCAUACAUAUGGUAUCUCGUCUUUACACUGGUCUUUUCGCCGUCAGUAGCUCCAGCUCCGGAAAGAAGCCUCCGUGAUGCCCUCAAUCAACACCAUUGCAAAGCUGUUAUCCUCCCGCUCCUCCCUUGGAAAUUUAGAAAAGCAUGGGCCUGAUAUAGCUGCUCUAGACAUCGAGAGUAGCAAGUCGCCCGUCCCGCCAACACCGGUCGGAAGGGAGGAGCAGGAGCAGCUCAUCUGCAUCACACUCAGUCGUUUCGCGCAGAUUCCGGUGUCGGCUAUUUUCGCAUUGGAAUCCAGAUGGAGCCCCGGCGGCCUUUCUGAUGAGCAGGCUUCACUGAUACUCGAAACUCAUGGACCUAACACACCUGUGGCGGAACGUCCUCUCGCUGCGCUGAAGAUGCUUUGGGCGGCCAUCGUCAAUCCAUUCAACAUCCUUUUGACCAUCCUCGCGAUUGUCAGCGCUGCCACCCAACAGAUCCCCACGUUCGUCGUCAUGAUGGCAAUGGUAUUCGCUUCAACCGGCUUGAGGUAUUGGCAAGAAUUGAAGUCCAUGAUUCAAGCAGUCAAUCUGAUCAAGUCAGUCACGACGAACACUCGUGUUCUUCGUUCCCGAGGCUCUAGCUCGGAAGAGCUCGAAAUCGAUCAGCGGCACGUUGUUCCGGGUGAUAUCAUAGCUGUGACCAGCGGUGAUGUCUUCCCCGGUGAUUGCGUUCUCAUCUUGGCCGAGGCUAUUACAAUCACCCAGGCUUCGCUUACGGGGGAAAUGAUGCCCAUCGAGAAAACCGUGCGCCUUGCUGCCGCACGUCCUGAAGAAAAGCUUGAUUUACUGCACAAUGAUAAUGUUUGUCUCGCGGGCACAUCUGUUGAUACCUACAUGGCUGCUAUCGCCAGCGAGCUCUCCAAACGGCGACCGGAAAACGCUACUCAGAUCGGCAUCAAGAAAGUCAGUUAUGUCUUGAUGGGCUUCAUGGCUGUCAUGGCCCCUCUCGUAUUCAUCGUUCAGGGUGCCGUUAGCAAAGACUGGAAGGGUGCGGUCAUGUUCGCGAUCGCUGUUGCAGUUGGCAUUACUCCAGAAAUGUUGCCAAUGAUUGUGGUACGUACCAAUCGCUUUCUGGUGCUGUGGCUCUCAACGACGCUCUUGGCUUUCAUCAAUUCCUCACUGCAGACCGGUUCCCGCAGUCCAAUCGACCGCGCAAUCGUUGACUUUGUUAAUGAAAGCGAGCAGGACAUCUUCAUAGACAUUCUCGGAGAUGGCUGGGUCAAGCAGGGCGAAGUUCCUUUUGAUUCGUCACGCCGCCUUCUGUCGGUUUUAGUUUCGCGACCUGGUGGCGAUGGCUCUGAGGGGCUGUUGAUCACAAAGGGCGCAGUCGAAGAAGUCUUGGACCGGUGCGUGUCAGCCUACAACCACACGCAAUCUCCUUCCUCAGAUGUCUCGGAACCGCUUGGUUUGGAUCUUUCCCCCUCAAUGACAUUAACCCUCACAACAGACGAGCGGCGGAAGAUUCUCAAUACUGCCGAGCGUUUGAAUGAGGAGGGAUUGCGUCUUGUCGCUGUGGCCUGCAGAGAACAACUUAUCAAGUCGUUCACGACUAUAUCCUCCGAUGAUGAGAGCGAACUUACCUUCGUUGGCUUCCUUGGGCUGCUUGAUCCAUUGAAACCGGAUGCCGCCCAGGCAAUCAAAGAUUUGGCCAAAUUGAACGUACAAGUACGAAUCCUCACUGGCGAUGCUCCUACUGUGGCCGCAAAAGUGGCUCGUGACCUCGGGCUUAUCCCAGCGCCUUGCCAAUCGUUCACUGGCAAGAACGAGAAGGAUGUUGAGGCUUCUUCCUCCUCUAAGGGCGAGGAAGGGCUCAUUCUCACUGGCACCCAGCUUGCAGCCCUUGCAGAUGAUCAAGAUGCCUACAAGGAUGCUAUUGAUCGCUGCAUCAUCUUUGCCAAACUCUCGCCUUACCAGAAGCUUGAAGUCGUGAAAGCUCUGCGUUUGGGUGAUGGUGGGAGAGCAGUCGCCUUCUUGGGAGACGGGGUCAAUGAUGCUCUUGCUAUACGCGGUGCUGACGUCGGGAUCUCGGUGGAUUCAGGAACCGAGAUUGCGAAAGAAGCGGCAGAUGUGAUUUUGCUUGAGAAGAGCCUGGGUGUCGUCGUUGACGGUGUGAUCGAGGGGAGAAUUACGCUCAUUAACACGAUCAAGUACAUCAAGAUGGCAACCUCUUCUAACUUCGGUAACAUAUUUUCGGUCUUGGUUGCUUCGGCUUGGCUUCCAUACCAGCCCAUGCUCCCGCUCCAGCUACUCGUCCAGAACCUGCUGUAUGAUUUCUCCCAGGCUUCGAUCCCCUGGGACAACGUUGACCCUGAGUACUUGGAGUCACCAAGGACAUGGGGAGCGAAAUCGAUCAUCCGUUUCAUGGUUUGCAUGGGUCCCUUCUCAAGCCCUUUUGAUAUCAUCACCUUCUGCAUCAACUGGUUCCACUAUGGUAUCCGUACGCUUGACAGCCCACUUGUCCCUCGUGCACAGACGGAUUGGUUCCUCGAGGGGUCCCUGACACAGCUGUUCAUUAUCCACUUUCUGCGAACAGGCAAGAUCCCCUUCAUCCAGUCUCGCGCGUCGGCUCCAGUCGUUUUCACCACCUUCGCUAUCGCUGGCAUUGCUAUUGCAAUCCCAUACAUUCCCAAGGUUAACACUGCCCUACAGCUAACCCCGCCUGAGCCCCUCUUCUUCGCGUACCUAUCAGCGAUGGUGAUCGGCUAUGCAUUGGUCGUGCAUGUUGCCAAAACGCUUUAUCAACUUGCGUUCAAGGAGUGGCUCUAACAGAAUAACUGUUUGUUGAGGUUUAUAACGUCGUAGGGUUAACGGGGUUGUGCUGUGGAUUUUACAGUGUUAAUGGCAUUUGCGCCACUUUUUCCAUUCUAGAGUUCAUCGAAUUUAAAGGAUAGACUUCAAUGCAAUCAAAUGUUUCAUUCAUCGAUC